CAUCUGAUGCGGGUCAGUACAUGUGUAAAGGACAGAGAGAUGGAAGACCAAACUCAUCACAAUCAAGCUCUGUUUCUCUCUCAGUGAAGGAUUUACCAACAUCUACACUGACUGUGACUCCAGACAGUCCUGUAUUCACUGGAGAGACAGUCAAUCUGAUGUGUGUGAUUGAGUCUCACAGUGACUGGAGACAGAGAAAUGGCCUGAAAUAUGACCGGAGAUAUGACUGGACAUAUUACCAGACAUAUGAGUGGAGAUAUGAGUGGUAUAAAGGCAGUGUAAUGUUACAGACGUCUGAGCGUUACACUGUAAACACAGACACUCUCACUAUCACAGCAGUAACUACAUCUGAUGCGGGUCAGUUCUGGUGUAGAGGACAGAGAGAUAAAAGACUAAACUCAUCAAAAUCAAGCUCUGCUGUUUCUCUCACUGUGAAGGAUUUACCCAGACCUACACUGACUGUGACACCAGACAGUCCUGUAUUCACUGGAGAGACAGUCAAUCUGACGUGUGUGAUAAACUCUAAUCACAGUGACUGGAAAUAUGAGUGGUAUAAAGGUACAAACAACAGUGUAAAGUUACAGACGUCUGAGCGUUACACCAUAGACAGAGACACUCUCACUAUCAGAGGAGUGAAUGAGUCUGAUCAGGAUCAGUUCUGGUGUAGAGGACAGAGAGAUGGAAGACCAAACUCAUCACAGGAGAGUGAACGAAUAAAUCUGUCUGUUAAUGUCUCAGCAGCUUCAUCUUCUCUUCUGGUCACUGGUGUGGUUGUGGGAUUGAGUGUUUGUCUGUUGUUCUUCCUCUCACUGCUGCUGAUGUGGAGAUACAAGAAGAACAAAGAUCAGCAGCGUAACAUUAACCAGACAUCAGUCCCAAAUCAAUCUGCACAAUCUCAACUGGAAAACUCUCCUCUACAGUCUGCAGGUUCUGAUCACAUUUAUGACGACGUGACAACUGUGAAAAAUAGAGAUAAAGAUGAUCCAGAACCCUUGGCAGAUGUCACAUAUUCAGAGGUCACUGUUAAGAAAAAGAUGGACAAAGAAGAUACCAUUGCAGAGUCAAAUAAUGUGACAUACUCAGAAGUCGGGAAAAGAGGAAAGAAAUGCAAAAGCAAAGAUAUUAAUACUGCAGGACCCAGUGAUUUGACUUACGCACAGAUCAAUAUACAGGACAAGAAGAAAACCAAAGGCAAAGGUGCUGGACUUUCUGAUGUUCUGAUUGAAAUGAAAACUAAGAACAAACACAGAGGGAAGAGCAGUGAGUCUGGAGACACUUUGUACUCUGAACUGAAGCAGAACACAGACAGAGAUGCUGAUGCUGAAGUUGGUGAUGCAACCUAUGCUCAAUCUAUUAAGAAAAAGAAUAAAACACAUGCUGAUGCUGAAGUUGGUGAUGCAACUUAUGCUGCACCUAUUAGGAAGAAGAAUAAAACCCGUCCCUGAGUGCAGAGAAGACAACAGACGGCUAAAAGAGAUUCACAGCAGCAGACACAGUAACACUUGCAUUGCUUAAAAAAAUAAUCUGAGUGAACUGCUUAUGCACAUGCUUGAUUGAAAUACUUUAGAGAUAUGCAGUGUAUUAUCUGUACACAUUUUAUGUAAGCAAACAAAUGUAUCUAUAAUAUUUAGUACAACAUUUUCUCCAGUGGGCACUUAUGUUUAACACAACUCUAAAUGAAACUGUCCUAAACGUUAUUCCAUUAUUCUGUUGGUGCUGCACAACAGUGUAAUAAAUAGUGUAACUGGGCAUUUAGUUGAUAAAAUUCAAUACAAUGUGUUCUUUGUCUUAUAAAAGAAUGCCUGUGUUUUUGCCAAGUCAUUAACACAGAUGAAGAUGAUUUUUCUUAAAUGCAUGUAUUUUCAGUAAGAAAUUAAUAAUUGUAUGCAAGUGCAUUGUUUAAAGAAAACAUUUUAAAUGUCUUACAUUUAUAUUCUUAAUAUGGUUAAAAUUUUUAUAACUGUUUUGCAGAUAUGUUCUCAGUUGUUCACUCAUUGAUUUUAUAGGAUUUGCGAUCGCUUUAGACUUAGAGUAUUAAAUGUGGAAACUGUAUAAAUAAAGCUCUGUUUAAACUUUACUUGCUUUUUUUUUUUUACAACACUGAGUUCAUUUUUAUAAACAUUAUAAAAAAUGUCAUAUAUGUACACUGAAAAAAAGCGCAAUAAAAUAAA